CCAUCUAGGCCCCGACCUGAGUUUAAUAGGAAUGAGGCUGGACAUCUCAUCAACGCCAAUCGACAGUACAAGCCUAGGAGUUCUCGCCCUCGACCUGGGAGACCGAUUCGCAACAUGACCCUUAACAACAACGUUCGACCAUAUCAGGCACGCAGAGCGGCCAAGCAGCGAAAGUACUCGGACAAGCCUUGUCCUCGCUUUACUACUACAGGAACUUGUUCUCGUGGCCUGACCUGCAUGUAUCAACAUGACCCGGACAAGAUUGCGAUCUGUUGGCCUUUCUUGCAAGGCACCUGCCCCAAUACUGCUGAGACCUGCAAUCUCUCGCACGAUCCGAGUCCCCAACGUGUCCCGGUGUGCAUGCACUUCGCCAACAACGGUCGGUGCACGAGAGAGAACUGUCCCUUCCCGCAUGUGCGCCUUGGCCCUCGCCAGGGCGUCUGUCGCGACUUCGCAGUACUCGGCUACUGCGAGAAAGGGCUUGACUGCGAAAAGAACCACGUCCGCGAAUGCCCGGACUUUGCGGAGAAGGGCGUCUGUGAGACCAAGGGCUGCAAGCUCCCUCAUGUCAUCCGGGCUAAUCGCAGCCGCAAGGCUCCUGCUGCAAGUGGCGCUGGCUCUUCCUCGGUGACAUCUUCGACCCAAGUUGCUGAUCAGACUUCAGCUUCAGCCUCUAAGGGUAACUCUGGUUCCUCUUCUGAGACUAACACUGCUAGCGCUGCGCAUCCCCCUCCGGUUUCGGUCGAGGAUGCCCAGAUCGGCGACGAGUAUAUCUCGUUGACUUUCCAUGAGAGCGACGAGAGUGAAGAUGCUAGCGAUAGCGACGAAGAGGAAGAUGACCAUGACGGCGACGAUGAUGAUGUAGAAGAUGAAAAAGAGGGCAAAGACCCCACCGCAGAAGAGGAUCAUACGAUGUACGUUCACGGAUGA